CGUCAGGAGCUGUACUUUGGAAAAUUUCCCAGAUAAGAGAUUCAAAUUCUGUACUUUGUUUACCCGGCGAAGAAGAAGAUGAAGCAACCUGCGACACCAAACGCGGCGGAGGAAACCAAAGCAGAACAAAAGCAGAAAUCGAAGAAAUUCCCAACUCCGACGGAACUAAUCUCUCACUACCAGAAACGAGGGCUAGAACCAGCAGAAGCUUCGAUUAAGGUCAUCGAAGACCUACAAAACGCGCUCGUCCGAGUCGUUUCGUCUUCCAGAAACGCCUCGAACAAGGAUAAGCUUGUAACCGACGCGAGGAAAAUCGACGCCAUUAAUGGAAGGCUUGCCGUCGUCGACGCGAAGCUGGAGACGAAACCUGGAUACGUUGAGACUUUCGUGUUAGGGUUAGCUUCUGGUGCGACACUUAACGGAAUUAACGCCGUUUGGCCUCACGUUACCAGAGGCAUUGGUCAAAUUUGGUCCGCCGUUAAGAGCGGGACUGAUCCUUCAUCUGCCUCUUGAAAUGUUAGAAAGGAUAAUUCUAGAUUGAUUUGGUUUCUUAUGAGUUUUCUUUUCGGUGUUGUGUUAGCGAAAUUUGAGUAUCAGCGACUUCAAUUUUUGUACUGUUGGAACAAAUAAUCUCAUUAGAA